GCGGAGUUCAAAUAUAGCUGUUAGUUUACUGUAGAGCGCCUGUUUCCCCUCAGUGAGCUCCCAAUUAGUUAUGACAAGAAGGGCAACAACACGACCCAUGGCAAUCAAGCUCGUUUUCCAUGCGCCUGAGGCACAGACAGGCAGAGAUGCUGACACCUAUUCCAGGUCUGCGCGCGGUAAAUGUUGGCUAAUCACUUGUUUGCAAAGCGCUUGUCGGAGUCACCAGACACGGACACUCUCCAUCUGCACAUUUCUAAGUUGGCGAGCCAGUCUAGUGUUGCUGCCUAUUUACUGAUCUCUGAUAAAGCAGCAGCAGCCGUAGCCCUCUCAGUCCACGGGCUGUAUGGCACUUGACUCAAAACCAGGCAAUCUGGACAAAUAAAGUGCCUUUUGUGCUGCAGAUCAAUGAAGUCAGCCCUAUUUUAGACAAAUGUAUUUGUUGCCAUAGCAAAGUUUCCAGGGAGACCAAUAGGUCGGGUUAAACGCGAAGGGAGAGAGACACACACACACAAAAGAAGAGUUAAAAAAAGGUCAGUCUAAAGUUAAUUGGACCAGCACACAGUUGCAUAUGCUCCACGUUGCAUUGUCUGCUUGUGCUUUUUCUGGUCAAACAGCCCCAUGUACAUAUCUAUCUCUAUAGAUAUAGAUUUGGAUAUAUGCAGAGAGAGAGAGAAUGAAUGAUUGGAACAUAAAACCUCAGUGCUGUGCGCAAAGGUUAAAAAGAAAACCCCGGCAGUUAACUGCAGUGACUCUUGGGGACUCAUGUAAACCCAACCUGUAUGAUUCCUUUCCUCACAGGAGCAACUGGUGUUCUUUCUAGCUGGUUCUGCGGAAACGCACAAUUUGAUCUUAUUGGUCAGCUGCAUCUGUGUGCCAUCUAUAAAACGCACCACAGGCGCUCCGGAGCCGAGACCGUCUGAGGGCGCAGAGUAGCGCCACGGAGCGCACAGACUUAUCCGAGGUGAGAGAGAGAGGGGGGGAAAAGCACACCUGUUACUGAAGAAACGAAAGCAAAGUGAAAAAAAGAGGACUGCGUCUUCCUCUGCAUUGCUACACACCUGACUGCACCUACUCCACACAUCCCACUUUCCAGUGGGGACCAUGUGGGUUCUGGAUAAGAUCCGCGGGUCGGUGGAGAGUGGUGUUCUGCGACAGGGGGAGAACGGGGACAAGAAGGGUGGCACCCCGACCUACAGCAACGUCCUCACCCCCGACAGGAUCCCAGAUUUUUUCAUUCCUCCGAAGUUGGUGAGCUGCCCCCCAGAGCCCGAGAUCCCCGCCGUAAAGCCCAAAGAAGGCCUGCACCCGUCCACUUCUGAGCACACCAUCGGUAGUGGGAAGAUCAGCAGUCCGAGAAGCCCACGUUUGGUAGCCAAGAUUGCAGGAGACACCAAGAACUUGCUGAGAGCUGCAAACCGCCACAUUAUACAGAUAGAGAGUGCUGAUGAUGUGGUGGCUGGAGACACUAACGCAGACCCCCAGUCGCAGACUGCAAUGUCUCUGCCUUAUGUCCCCAAGACCCAGACGUCCUACGGGUUUGCUACCUUGAAGGAAAGCCCCCACACGCGCCGUAAAGAGUCGCUGUUCCACUGCGAGCUCACCAGUCCCAUCACCUCCCCAAAUACGCAGAGGAAGACUCCGGGCAGAAGCAGCGACACGGGAAACCACCUGAAUCCAGCUGACUUUAACACCUCUCACAUGAAUCCCUACCGAUACUUCAGCGGCGGAGAGAGCGACACCUGCUCCUCAGCCGAGUCCUCCCCUUUCAGCUCCCCUCUGCUCUCUCGCUCCGCGUCCCUGCUCAAGAUCUUCACCCAUGAGACGCAGGCCAAAGUGGUGAAAGCCAAGCGGACUUUCGCACGCCACAGCUCCCUCUCCACCGACGAGUGCAGCUCGGCCGAGCCCAGCCCCAACGUCCAGCGACGGCUCCACGUCCCCACCUAUCACGGCGGCGCUGGAGCUUCGGACCACGGCCUCCAUCAGGAGCACACCAUCAACCUGCACAAAGGCGGGACAGUGCGGAUCAGCGUCAACUACGACUCCAGCACCUCCCGCCUUCUCAUCCGCGUCCUGGCGGCGGAGAGUCUGUACGACAAGCACUUCGACAUGAAGAGCAUCAACUGCUGCGUGUCUGUCUACCUGAACCCGGGCAAGCUGCAGAAGCAAAGGAGCAACAUCAUCAAGAACAGCCGCAACCCGGUCUUUAACGAGGACUUCUUCUUCGACUCCAUAAGUUCGACUCAGGUGAAGAGCCUCUCCGUGAAGUUCAAGGUGGUGAAUAAAGGCACCAGCCUCAAAAGGGACACCUUGCUGGGAGAGCGAGAGGUGCCUCUGGGGAAGUUGCUCUCAGGGGUUUAAAGCUCCAGGAACUGAAGGUCAAAGGGGGGCAAAGAGCGAGGAUACAGAUUAAGCUUAAAUUAGAUGUUUGCACUGGUUUCUAUGUUUUAUUUAUUCUAACAGUGACCAUAAAGACAGAGGGAGACGACAGGGAAGGACCUCCAAGAAUGAAAACCAAUCCCAUAAGGAACAUCAGCUUUAAUAAAUCUAAAUAAACACUAAGAGCACUAAAUAACCCAGAUGUAGCCGAUAUGUGGACACCUCAAGGAUUUAUCAUCCCAAGCUCUGCCUAACUCCAUCUCCCAUUAAUGAACACUCAUUAAACCAAGCUGGGCUGAACAGCAAUGGUUGAAUUUGACACAUGAAAGGUUUUCUUUCUGGCCGGGUCUCCCAGCCAGCUCCGGUUCAAAGGUUGGAGGACACCUGUGCUUCACUGCGCUCAUCUGUGCGUGCCACGGUUUUAUUAUUGUAAUGUGGCAGAAAUCCGCAGCAGCACUGGAUGCGAUUCCCCAUCUCGCCAUGUGCUGCACGGGCACAGAGAUGCUUUUGUGAAACGGUGGGAGCUUUGAAGUGGCACUAGAGCCUGAUGUGCAAAUGACCCUUUGAUCCCAGUUGCCAGAGCAGCCCACAUUUACAUGCCCAUCAAAAAGUACAAUUAUAACACGAUUGAUCUUGUAAGAAACACUAAAGUCUAUGUUAUAACGAUACAAUUAAGGAUAACUGAACAUUACAGAACAUUUACAAAUGUGGGGAUCCUUUCCUUCAGCAUCAAACAUUUUAAAGAAAGCAUUUGUCGCUGUCUUUUUGACACGUCAUUGAACGAAACAGAGCAAAACCACCUGUAUUCUUACAAGCAUGCAAAAUAUGAAAAAUAGCCUAGGUGUAAACAAAUCAUUUCUCAUCUAUUUUGAUUGCAGAGCAACAUUCGGACACUAUCCAUGAAAAAAAUCUUAUGUUAGAAGCAGAUUUCUUCACCUUAAAAUAUUCCUAAAGCUUAAUUAUAGACAGAAAUGACUUGUUAAAAUGAGAUUUUUAUUAGUGAGCAGUAAUGUUUUUGGAUUUUAAUAUUUUUAAUAGCCCCCAGUCAUGUCUGUAACCGUAUGAAACACAGCUAUGAGUUAAUGAAAGUGGAGCAGCAAGGGAAACUGGUUGCAGUAUAUUUGAUAUACAUAUUUAUCUGGUUGGUGAAAUCCUUAUACUGUGAUGAAAUAGCGGUGUGGGCACUCCAGUUAAUAACAGUCCGUCAACAUGCAGUCAAGUCCAGUGUGGGCACCUUGAUUAAACAUCGACAUCGACUCCAAGACCAGUUGGUAAUUCUGAACUACAAGAUAAAAACGCAGGCAAAUACUCAAAUGGUCUUUCCCUCAUUUAAAAUUUCAUUCCAGGUCGCUUCACUCUUCAUUGUUUACUCCAAAUCUCAACAGAUAUGAAAAAAAGUACUCAUUUUAAAUAUAGUAGCAUGUAAAGGACAUUUUCUAGUUUGAUUAUUACAAGUGAGUGUAAGGUUUACACUGGACAAAGUGCUGAUUUGCUGUUUGCAGCAGGACAAGAAAGUCGAACUUUUUAACUUUUUAAUUUUUAAAUUUAUGCAACAACACAGUACUGUCCAAUAGUCACCCCUCAUUUCUUUAUCCUUUUAAGGAAAAUGGGAAAUAAGUGCAGCGAUUUGUUAAAACGUGCAAACAUACGUGGAAAAACAGUGUGUGCAAUUCUAAGGAGCUUAAAAGUCAAUAUUUGCUGUGAACACUUUAUAUUCAUCAACACAGCUGGAACUCUCAAAGGCAAGCUUUCUGCUAAUUUCUUUAAGUGGUCUUCAGGAAUAGUUCUCCAGGACAUUCAAAGCUCUUCUUUGGAUGUUGACUGAUCCCACUCUGCUUCAAUAAUUCUGAUCUGGGCUGUGGAGAGGCCAACCCAUGACUGAUAGUACAGCUUAAUUUUCUACCCGAGUAUGCUUUCACUGCGUUGUUGGUGUGUUUGGGAUCACUGUCAUGUAGAAAAAUGAAGCUCUUGACGAUCAGAUGCUUUCCAGAUAGUACUGUACGGUGGAUUGAAACCUAGUGGUGAUUUUCUGUGUUCACAUUUCCAUCAUUUUUGACAAGAUCCUAGUUCAAACGUAGCCCCGUAUCCGUAUGCCCAGUAGGACAGUAUGCCUUUCAACUAAAAAAGAUGUGAGCAAACGAUGGUUUGUGUGAUCAGCCGCUAGUAACAAAGUACCAAAAUAUACUUAUUUAAAGUCGGCUCAUUUCUAAAUUCGUCUUUUAUGUGUAGACACAUAGGUCAGUGGCUUAACAGAGUCUGAAAAUGGUCAGGUACAAGGACUGGACUGAAGAUGAGUGAAAAAGCUGCCGAAGGAAAACUGUUGCUCAAGGCCACCUUAAAAAUGACACGAAAGCCUGUCUCCUUGGGAGCAAAUGAAUAAAGAGAUGAAGGGUGGAUUGAGACUUUUGCACUGUACUGUACAUUUGCCUUGUUGGCAGUAGACAAACGAUCAUACCAUUGUGCAUUGUGUAACUUUAUUCAAUGUCUCAUUUGAGCAGAUUAGAAAACUCGUGUCACAGCAAGUACCAGCUGCACAGUGUGAACAUGGCGCUGGUCUUUGCAUGAUGUGUGCAAGGAUUAAUUAAACCCUAAAGCCUUACACUGUGGGUGUACGUGAGUGUGAGUGUGUUUUGAGCCUGAUUUCUUUUCUUUUUCCUUUUUUCGUCCAGAGUUGUUAAUUUUCUAUGUCGUAUUUUGUAAACUGAAUGCUUUGAAACGACUCUUCGAUGUAUGUCGGGUUUGUAUUGUGUAUAUACACUUGUCUGUGAAAUGCUAAUUAUGCACCAGCGAGGGAGAAGUGCUUAUGACAGACAUUUUCAGAUAUACGGUUUCAUCUUUAAUGAAGUCCGAUGGGGAGGAAGCAGACGAGUCAGGAAAGAGACGUCGAGAGAACAACCUUGUGUGCUUUAACGGGAGCAGCCGCCCUGUCUUCUGUUGCUGUUCUCUGUCGUCCUUCUGAAGAAUUAGAAGAAAUGGGAAGUGAUUGCAACCUCGAGUGCCCAGCAGAGGAGAGCGACUUCACAAAGAAAAUAAGUCAGAGACAUCAGACUGAUGCAAGUUACUGAGAGUUCCUCACACGUCCACCCAAAGCUUCGUUUAAUUAUACGAGAACCGCUCUCACCUGGUGUUUGUAGCUCACUUGUAGCACCACUAUCGUCGUGCUUUAUAUACAGUGACUCUGUUGGUUGGUUUGUUAUGGUUAUGGCGUGAAACUCUGAUCUGUUGCAAUCCCUGCUGCAUACUUGUGUGCAACAUACAGUGCCUGCUUGUAGACUUUGUUGUUGUUUCUUUUACUCAAACUUCCAAAUUGUUUGGUUGUCGAUGUUUCUUUUGCAUGCCUAAAAUGUUCCAGUAGUUUCAGUACUAAAUCUCAGUGGAUUCUUAUUGUGCUUUUGUGGCUCUCCUUGUGCUAUAGGUGAGGAUUUCCUAAUACACUAAUGUGUAUAUAAAACUGCAGCUAAUAUAUGGAGGGUGUGUUUGAGUGUGUUCAACUUUUAUAACUGUUUUCAUGUGGUUUAUCUUUUAAUAGAGUUGAAAACAAUGCCUUUAUCUGGUAUUUCUGCUUGGAUGGGCUGUGCUGUUCUCGGUUAAUAUGUCACAGGUUCAUACUCUGCAAAUUGUGAGAUAGACCCUCAUCACUACAUACAUCUUGUAACUUAAAUAAAUUCAACCAGUUAAUUAUUUUUUUAUCACAAUGAAUGCAAACCAAAGUACAAACUGGAGUUUUAAAAGUUUUUCUGAAGAAUAUUUUACCCGAAUCUUUUAUUAUUCACAUCUGACUCGCUUCAUUUUCUUGUCAGCUUUUGGAUGAUAUUUUGAACUGAAAUAGCAAGGAGUAGAGGAGUGUAAAUACCUGGGGUCAGUCAUCCAAAACAAUGAACGGUGCACAAGAAAGGGGAAGAAGAGCGCGGAGCCGGGGUGGAAAUGGUGGAGACGAGUGGUUUAUAAGAUGGUAGCGAGAUCUGCUAUGAUGUGUGGUCUAACAAAAAGACAAGCGGCAGAGGUGGCAGAGUUGAAGAUUUUCAUUAGGAGUAACCAGAAUGGACAGGAUUAGUAAUGAGUAUAGCAGAGGGUUGAGCGGUUUGGACAUGAGCAGAGGAGGGAUAGUGGAUAUUGUGGACAAUGGAUGUUGAGUAUGGAGCUGCUGGGCAGGAGGGAAAGAGGAAGAUACAAAGGAGAUUCGUGGAUGUAGUAAAGGAGAAGCAGAAAGAUGACGUGACAGAGAUAAGGUGAGAUGGAGGCAGAUGAUCUGCGAUGGGGACCCCUAAAGACGGCAAGAGCCGAGGCCAACAGGACUCGAGUUAUUCAUCUUAACUUUGACAUUCAGGGAAAAUGUCAGACCACUGUUUGAAUUCUUCCUUGAUGUCACAACUUAGCAGUUAACCACCAGGAAAGAGCUAGCUGAUGAUGGAGCUUGAAAAAACAACAGUAAUAAGCUCGAACACACCAUACGUACCAGAUGUUACGACAGUUUACCCAGCAGCUGUCAGGGUAUUAAACUACAGCAUCUCUAAUCGCCACUGCGCCUGUGCAGCUAACCUUUAUUACAUCAGCAGAGGAAUUACCAGAAUCAACUUACUACAAUUAACUUUCCCAUUAUCCACCCUGCUGUUGUGGUGGAAAUCAGUCUGUAUAUUUCUGCACUCAAUAGCUGUUUAAUUAGACACAGGCCAGAGAGGCCUGACUGAUGACAUUUAAAAUGAGAAUUGAGAAAAGUGUCAAUACCUGUGUGUCUGUGUGUGUGUGAGAGAGAGACUGAGCUGAAUAUUAUACUGACGCUGACUUUAGUCACACUUCUCGCUAAGAUUUGCUUGAAAAAUAUGCUGUAUAUAUAUAUUUAUUUUAUUUUAUUUUAUUUUAAAUACACUGUGUUUCUCAAGUCUUCCUGUCUUGACAGGUUCGCUCUGAAAAAUGCAGCUGCAAAGUGCCGGUCCGUUACUUGAUAUCGAAUUCCUUCAUUUCUCUGGUGGAAGUUGGUUUCCAUGUGCAGUUGUUGUUCUUGUUGUGUUUCUGGACCUGUGCAGGUAGAGAUUUUUAUACUGUGACGCUUCAGCCACUUACAGAUGUUCUCCAGUUGCUGUGUUAAUGGGUGUGAAAAACUUUAAUUAAAAGUGAAAUUCAAUGAAUUCUCCUUCUUAUCUUGUUAUUGGUUUGAUGUUAAUGAGUGCACCGACUUCAGGUGAUAUUUGAGCAUGGGCUGCGGUUCUUGAUCAAUAAAACCUCAACUCUAGUUACAGUAGAUGUAGUAAAUGUUCAUACAUUUGUACAGACCUUUUAUUUGCAAGGUGCAUGUGACUGGAAGAAUGAAAGCAUCCAUACGGUCCUGAAGUUUUCCCUCAAAGUAAAUGCUCUAUAAUGCAAUAAUGAAAUAAUGAAAGGCAUGUGCCCAACUCUCCUGCUUUCUCAAAGUAAUCCCAAUUUUCCUCCUUAAAAUCCCACAUCCCUGAUUUCAAGCCUCCGUAUUUGCUCAGUUGUUGCUCUGUAUGCAUCUUCUUAAUGAUUCAGAAUGAGCAAUAUGUGAAGGCACAGGGUAUAUAUAGAUUGAGACAUUAAACCUCUUACCUCUGACGUGUUGUCUGUAAUUGCAGCGUAAAAAUACUGCACAAUCUUUCCAUCUUCAUUAUCCUCAGGGAGGAGUCAGUCUUGGAUUUGUUUGUUUGGAGAGGAAGCACGUGGGAAACAUUCGGAGACAUGAGCUGUUACAUACGCCGGUAAUAAGUGAUGCUAAUGUCACAUUUGUGUUCCUCUGCAUGCUUAGUGGUCGCUUGUUGUGAUGAACCCAAAGUGAAUGAGUCAACAGACAAAUCUACAGCUGCCCUCAGCUCUACAAAUAGUUUUCUGUCAGUAAUUUAUUUAGUUUUUACAUUUGGUGGGAUGGUUUUAGAAGUUUCUGUUCACGCCAAGUGGUGAAAGUUGGCAAAAGUGAAGCAAAGGUUGAAUCUUAUGUGAUGAGUGAAGUGAGAACAUAUCAUCAAAAGUACCCUGAGAAACUGAAGGAAGAAGUCAGCGAAUCUUCUGAGGACCAAGGCAACUUUCAUGGUAAAUAAUGAUGUAGAGCAGGAGUGCUCCAACCACCACACACUGCUAGAUGCCAUAAAUAUGGAGAUCUGCACUGUAAGAACUGUUAAUUCUUUCCUAUAAUUAAGUCAAUAAUUGCAGAGACGUUUCAGCAUUAACAGUAAAUCAAAGUGUCUGUUACAAAACUGGGGAAAAAAAGCGUGCAGGUGUUAUAGGUCUUUACCACAGAGCUGCAAUGAAACGUUUGUACUUUAAUAAACUUAAAUGAAUUUGUUUAGGUUUGUGUCAUUUAAAUAAUUUGACUGACAUAUAACUGCUAUUUCUGAGUGUUUAUAAAAAAUAAAUAAAUGCAAAUUUAUAUUGCCUAAUUAAAAAAAAACAAAAAACGCCAAACCUGGCAACCUUAUGACACAAGGCUUAGCUAAUGGCUAACAUUAGCCGACAUGGCUUACAAACAGUGCAGGAUGGAGAAAAGCCACAGAAGCAUUUCUUUAGUUUAACUCCUGAUAAUUAUGGGAGAUCAGACAUUAUAGAAAUACAACAACCUGCAAGAAGGUUACCCAUCAACCUGAAUAAUACUGGAUUAGAGCAAACCUGUUGCCUGGUAGGUCAUUUAUUAUUCCGUCACUUGUGUUUUCUUAAAAACUCUUUUGCCAUUGCAUUUCCAAGGCAGGCAUACAAGAUGAACAUCCGUGGCCUCAGUGGUGAAAUGCUGAGGCAUCUCAGUUUAUUGCAUGCUCUGUUUUGAGCUGUUUGCCUACCUGUCGAGGUGCCACCCUUGCUGUGUUUGUGUGAAAAGUGUAACUGGACACUGGAGGUGGCAAGCAAAUAUUGUCGAUUGAGGUGUUUCCACCGCACAGACAGACAAAUAAACUAAAGUCUGGAUUAUGGCAGCUAUCUAAACUACUCUCUCUCUCUUGCCUAUUAGAUUUCAAUUUUCUUAUCACUGUUACCUUUAAAUUGAGCUGUGACUAAUGGUUUCUGCUUUUUAUUACUGUGGUGAUACUAAAACUCCUGUUCAGGUCACAAACACCAGUUUGAUGUAUCAUUUCAAGCCUGGCUCACACAGUUUAAAAGAAGGAUGUAGCCACUGUGACAUCACCCAGCAGUUAAUAAAGUCCCCUGUGAAUGUUUGAGCUGAGCAUUAUCGCUGUGACCAUGCUGGUGUUUUUAAGCUGGACCUGAUGAGCAAGGAGCGUGUUUGCAGAGGUCACCGAGCACAGGAGCUAAGGAGUUACUCCCUGCUGGUCAUUAAAAGAUGUAGGUUUAAGGAGCAUUUUGUCUACAGCUUCAUUUUUAAGAUCCAGAAGCUACAUUCGUCUUUUAUACUUGUUAUGGUUUAGACCAGGGGUGGGCAACUCCAGG